AUGACGGACGUCGACAUGGCCCCCGCGGCACCCGAGCCCGUGGCUCCCCCCUUCGCGCAGCCCUCCGAUCCCACGACCAUGAACGGCGGCGACGGGCGCAAGCAGCUCUGGCCCCCGGGUUCGGAGAUGCAGAUCUUCAGCGAGAAGCUCUGCGUGCUGCUCACGCCCAACAUGUCGCUCAAGGCGCCGAAGGGAUACGCGUGGGUGCCCGAGGGCGACCACGACUUCGUCGCCGAGGAGUGGGAGGAGCGCAAGCGCGUCAAGAAGAACCCCAACGCGCGCGUCAUGCCCCCGCCCAAGGCGAAGAAGGCGAAAGCCGCCCCGGUUGUGCGCAUGCCCGACAUCCCUACGUUCGAGCCCGUCGCGCCGCUCGACGUCGACGAGAUGGACUUCACGGGCCUGACCGAGGAGGAAAUCAAGGCUAAGAAGAAGGAGAUCAAGCGCAGGAAGAAGGAAGCCCUGAUGGCGCAGCUCGCGGCGAUCAACGCGGCUCAGGGUAAACUCGAGGAGGCGGAGGCGAAGGCGACUGGGACGCCCACGAUGAGCGCGCACCGCGAGGAGGGGAAACGACCUUCAAAGCCCGUGAACCGGCUGGUGGAUAACAUCGCGAGGCAGGCGCAGAGCGCCGCGCCGGGAAGCGGCGGCAAGCGCCAGAUGAAGAAGGUUGCCAAGCGCGACAAGAAGGGGAACGUCAUCACGCACAGGAUGCUCAAGGCGCAGGAGAUUGAGGGGAUUCGCGCCAUCCGCCACAAGGCGCUCAUGAAGGAAUGCCGCGAGUGCCUCUCGUCCGUGCGCAAGCACAAGUACGCGUGGGCGUUCAACAAGCCCGUCGACCCCAUCGCGCUCCACAUCCCGGACUACUUCGACAUCAUCAAGAACCCCAUGGACUUUGGCACCAUCAAGGAGAAGCUCGACAAGAAGUCGCAGCAGAACGGCGCGUACUCGGGCCCGCAGGAGUUCGCCGACGACAUGCGGCUCGUCUUCGACAACUGCGCGCUGUACAACACCCCGGACUCCGACGCCGGAUUGAUGGGCAGCACCCUGCAACAGGAGUUUGAAAAGGCGUGGCUCGCGCAAAACGUCGACGCCAAGAUUGCCGAGGAGGAAGCCGUCAGGGCUCAGGAGGACGCCGUCAUCGCGAGCACCAGCGAUGAACCCGUCGAGGAGGAGGUCCUCGCCGAGUCGCAACAGGUGAGCGAGGUGAACCGCCAGCUCGCCGAGGUUCAGCGCCAGCUCGAGGAGCUCAAGAAGCAGCAGUCGAUGUCGAACAUGGCGGCGAUGUCCGGCGGCGGCGGCGGUUGGGGCGCGUCUACCCCUCCCUCUGGCGGCGGCGGCGGCGCGCCCAAGCGCAAGCGCGUCGACGACGACGACUACUUCAUGGAGGAGGAGGACUACGAGGAGUACAUCCCGGCUCCCCGCGGCGGGUCGCGCAGGGGGGGCGGCGCGCCGAGGUCGGCGCCCAAGCCCCGCGCGGCUCCCCGAGCGACGGGUGGCGGCGGCGGCGGCGGCGGCGCCCUCCCCAACCGCGACAUGAGCUACGCCGAGAAGCAAGAGCUCACCGAGCUCCUCGGGGAACUUCCCGAGGAUAAGCAGGCUCGCGUCGUUCAGAUUGUCGCCGAGCGCCACGCCGAGAUGGGCGGCGCCGAGGACGACCUCAUCGAGAUCAACAUCGAGGAGCUCGACAGCGUCACCCUCUGGAAGCUCGACCGGUACGUGCGCUCCUGCCUCAAGCCCAAGAAGAAGAAGCCCACGCAGGCGGACAUGCUCCUCGAGGCGCAGCGGCUCGAGGCUGAGGCUGAGCGAGAGCUGAUGCAGGUGGAGGCGAGCCUCGGGGUUGGGCAGCCCAUCGUGCCCCCCGGAUCCAUGGAUGCCGCGGCGCCGUCCCCAGCGCAGCCCGCGUCCAAGGCUGCCGACGGCGACGCCACCUCUUCCUCCAGCGACUCGGAUUCCGACUCCGACUCCGACUCCGACUCGGAGGAUUCCGCGGAGGGCGGCGGCUCCAACCCCAAGGCUGGCGCCGCGCCCGCCGCGCCUCCCCAGCCCGCGGCGGGGGGAGCCUCCACCCUCGUGGAGGUGUCCUCCACCCAGCGCGUCACCGAGGACCUCGCCCUGAAGCAGAACGCCUCGAAGAAGCCGGUCAACGUGCAGAACGCGGACGGCUGGGCGAACCUGGCGGACGACAACGGCGCCGCGGGUGCGCCCGCCGCCGCCGCCGCCAAGCCCGCGGCUGACAUCCCCGACUCGCUCUGGUCCGAGUUUGAGACGAUGGCGCAGCAAAAGACAGACAGGGAGAAGGAGCGCGAGCAGGAGGAGGCGCGCGAGAAGGCGGCGGCCGCCGCGAAGGAGCAAGCCGCCCGCGAGGAAGAGGAGAGGAAGGCUCGCGAGGCUGCCGAGGCUGAGGAGGCGGCGAGACGCGCCGAGGAGGAAGCCGAGGCGGCUAAGAGGCGCGCCCUCGAGGAGGAACGCGCCAGGGCCAGGGCCGAGGUUGACGGCAUGGCGCAGACCGUCGACAUGGCGCCGGAAAAGGUGGGGACGAUGAUGAAGGAGUUUGAGGGUUGA